AUGGCAGAAAAUGAUGAUUAUUUAGAGUCCAUUGACAACAAUCACUUGGACGGAACCAACGGUUCAAUAAACAUGACCGACAAUAGCAUCGGCGUUGGUGAUGAAGCUUCUGGUACGGAGGUACCUGAUUUAGCUGCUAUAAAAGCAAGAGUUCGUGAAAUGGAAGAAGAGGCAGAAAAGUUAAAACAGAUGCAAACAGAAGUAGACAAACAAAUGAGCAUGGGCAGCCCACCAGGACUUACAAGCCCACUGAAUAUGUCAAUAGAAGAGAAAAUUGAGGCUGACAACAGAUCAGUUUAUGUUGGCAAUGUGGACUAUGGUGCUACAGCUGAAGAGCUGGAGCAACACUUUCAUGGUUGUGGCUCUAUUAACAGGGUGACAAUAUUAUGUAAUAAGUUUGAUGGCCACCCCAAAGGCUUUGCCUAUAUAGAGUUUGGAGAUAAAGAUAGUGUACAAACAGCUAUGGCAAUGGAUGAGUCUUUAUUCAGAGGUCGCCAAAUAAAGGUUAUGCCCAAGCGCACGAACAAACCAGGGUUAUCAACGACAAACCGGCCGCCGCGGACGAUGCGCGGUCGCCCGCGGCGCGGUAGUUUCACGCCGUACAACUCGGUCUACCGACCCGUGCGUCGCGGCAGAGGGUACAGGCGCGGCAUGUAUUACUCUCCGUACUGA